AUGGCAACCAACCCGGAGGAGCUGAAAAGAGCCUUUGACAGAGAACUUAAUAUUACUGAUUUUCGACUGGUAUGGGAAAAAGCUGGUGUUCUGGCAGGGCGCUGGGACUCUAUUGGUAUUCUGUUAGGAAUCAGCUACAAGAAGUUAUAUGAGAUUGAAUCAGAGACAAAAACUGCCAGAGGUUGCCUACAGAAAGUAUUUGAUUGCUGGUUAAGUAGGAACUAUGAUUAUAAGAGUCAUGGUGUCCCUACAUUAAGAAUGCUGUGCAACUCCAUUAAAAGUAAUAGUGGAGGAGCUGAUCUAGCUCUAGCUAUCGAAAUAGCAAAGGAAUAUGCCAUUAAUCUUACUAGUAGUGGAAAGGCUACAACAUCACCAGUUGAUACAUCUUCUAAAG